AUGGAACGAUUCUUGCAGCCAAGGCCAACCAUUACCAAGUAUUCUGAUGGUUCAGCCGAGUAUAGACUGCUUAUUGUUACCGAUAUGGACAAAGCUUCGAAAGCAGGUAAUUGGACAUGGAGAGCAGUAGCUCGACGGGGCACCUUGAAGCUGAGCCGUUAUAACUCGAAGGUGACCAUAACAUGGGACAAGGACUUGGAACGGAACUUGACAUCAUCGAUGAAUGUGAAAGGACGAGCUAUGGAACUGUCUGAUCUGUCAGUUUUCCAUCACAGAAUACUUACACCUGAUGAUAGGACUGGAAUGAUUAGCGAAAUCAAAAAUGAUCAGAUGAUCCCUUGGGUAUUUCUCAAUUCUGGUCCAGGAAAUACAACAGCUCCGUUCAAAUGUGAAUGGAUGACUAUCAAAAAUGAUUUACUCUAUGUUGGAAGUCAUGGUAAUGAGUUCCGCGACGAAAAAGGAAACGUUAAGCACCGCAACAACAUGUGGAUAAAAACUGUCACGCCUGCCGGAGAGGUUACCAACAUAGACUGGACAGGCAUCUACGACAAAAUAAGAAAUUCUGUCGAUAUUUAUGAACCAGGAUAUCUUACACAUGAAGCAGUGCAGUGGUCGGCUACCCGAAGGCGUUGGUUCUUCCUACCCAGAAAAGAGUCGAGGACUGCCUACGUUGAACUAGAAGAUGAGACGAAGGGCACGAAUCUUCUGAUUAUGGGUUAUCCUGACCUAGACCGUUUUGAAGCUAUAAGGGUCGGACCGUUGAAGCCUAAACUUGGAUUUUCUGCAUUCGACUUCAUUCCGAACACCGACGACAAACUCAUCGUUGCGUUGAAGUCUAAGGAGGUGACCGGUGAACUCACGGAAACGUACAUUACCGUAUUCACGAUCAAUGGUCAAGUACUGCUCAAAGAUGAGAAGCUCGAAGGCAACUACAAAUUUGAAGGGCUUUACUUCAUUUAA